AUGGUGCCUUUAAAUAAGCAGUGCAUCAACUGUACGACUAAAUACAAAGCCAAUAAAAGCUCGUACACUGAAAUGGCGUCGUUAAAUGAUGGAUUUUCGGAAGAUGACUUUCGUAAGGCCGAUACUGGGCGAUGCGGUUGUGUAACGAAGGAAGACUUCAAGAAAACAGUUGGAAAACACAUCACAUUUAAUAGAAAGUGUUUACAAUUGUCAAUUCUGAAGAGAUUGCCCUUUCUAAGUAUCAUGCGAGACUACUCUUUGAAAAGAGACCUACUGAAAGACAUAUUGGCAGGGCUUACGAAUGGAAUAAUGCAUGUUCCCCAAGGAAUGGCGUUUGCGACAUUAGCUGCGCUGCCUCCUGUGACUGGCCUCUACGUGUCCUUCUUCGUUCCACUUGUUUAUUUCUUUUUUGGAACGUCACGGCACAUAUCUAUAGGAACCUCGGCGGUUGUAUCAUUACUGGUCGGAAACGUUGUCAGCCGAUAUGGGUCCCCUGUGCCUCCAGCCAACCAAACUGUUGUUAACAUUACAACCCCUCCCACGGGGGGAUUUACUGAUGUGGAAACAUUUCAAAUCUCAGUAGCAGUCGGAUUAGCCCUCCUAACGGGGUUAAUUCAGGUGGGCAUGUGGUUAUUUCACCUUGGCUUUAUCACUGCGUACUUAUCCGACGCCGUUCUCAGUGGAUUCACCACCGCUGCGGGGUUCCAUGUUCUAACGAGUCAAGUUAGUACUGUCUUCGGCCUAACUAUUGGGAGAUACUCAGGCGCAUGGAAACUCAUCUAUACCUACAGAGACAUUGUAUUGAACAUUGUCAAGACUAAUGUUGCUACUCUCAUCACUAGUAUCAUUUGCAUCGUUGUACUCCUCAUCGUGAAAGACUUUAUCAAUGGCAAUCCACGCAUAAAGGCUAAGAUGAAAAUACCUAUUCCUAUAGAAUUAUUUGUAGUCAUCAUUGGUACCAUCGUUUCCUUCUUUACCAAACUAAAUUUUCACUAUGGCGUGGCAAUAGUCGGAGUCAUUCCUCAAGGUCUACCGACCCCAUCUGUGCCAAACUUGGGACAGGCUGGAGAGUAUGUUCCUGAUGCACUCGUUAUUGCCAUAGUUGGGUAUGCUGUGCACAUUGCCAUGGCAAAAUUAUUUGCAAAGAAACAUGGCUAUGAAGUAGAUCCAAAUCAGGAGCUGCUAGCAAAUGGAUUGGCAAAUACGUCAUGUAGUUUCUUUCUUUGUUUUCCCUGCACAACUUCGAUGUCCAGAUCUAUUGUUUUGGAGUCAGCCGGUGGAGCGACGCAGUUGUGUGCUGUUGUGUCAUCCGGAUUGCUCCUGAUUGUAUUAUAUGUUCUAGGGGAAUACUUGUAUCAUCUACCAAAGUGCAUUUUAGCUUCCAUAGUGAUCGUAGCGAUCAAGAAUAUGUUCAAACAAUUUACUGAGCUGAAACGACUGUGGUAUUUCUCAAAAAUUGACGCCGUUGUUUGGUUCGUGUCAUGGCUAGCUACCAUGCUACUUGAUACAGAUCUUGGACUUCUUGUGGGUGCAAUUUUUUGCCUCGUCACGUUUUUGUUUAGAGUACAAUGGCCAAACACCUAUUUGAUGGGAAAAAUAGAUGGCACUAAUAUUUACAGAGAUAUAAAAGAUUGUGAAAAGGCAUCUGGCAGAACCGACAUACACAUAUUUAGACUGAAUGGAUCGCUAAGUUUCAUAAACCGAGAGCAAUUCCAGCGACACCUAUACUCUGACACAGGAUUCAACCCUGCCCUGGUGAAAAUACAACAGAAAUUGAAAGCAAAAAACAAGGAUUUACAAUUAAAAAAGUAUGGAACACCUGAUGUUGUUGAAAAUGGCCAUGCAAAUGAAGGCUUCCAUGCAAAUGAGAUCAAUGCAGAAGAAACAAAAACUAAUCCGAUUGAAGUAAUAAGGCAUGAACAAUACACAAGUCAUGAUGAUGAUUAUAAGCAUUCUUUGACCCACAUUGUACUGGAUUGUUCUACAAUGGCGUUUAUAGACUCCGCUGGUAUCACUGUUCUUAAUUUGGUAAUAGAGGAGUACAAAGAAACGGGAGUAGGUGUUAUAUUGGCUGGAUGUACAGGCUCUGUAAGGAAAAUGUUAGUCCAACAAGGAUUCUUCGAGAAACACGGCACAACUAUCCUGUAUGCAACUGCUGAGCAUGCCGUGAAAGACAUUGUAGAAUCACGAAAUGACAUUGGAAUAAUAUCAGACAUCUUAGAGACAAACAAUACUCAGUUAUGAACCAUUGUAAUCACCAGAUGGAAGAACGUAUACAAUACUUUAGGAUUGAUCUGCUGGAAAUUACGAUUGCCUAAACAACAAUGCAAUAUCGUCUGGUCGAACUGAUUGCAAAAAGAAGGACUUUUAAAUAUUUGUUCGUGUAGAAAAUAUUUGAAAGCACUUGAACGCAUGUUUGGUCGAAAUGCGAAAGUGAAGGACUUUAAAUAUGAUUUAUUUCUUAAUGUGUUUUAAUAGUACAUUUGCUAUAGUUUUAUACUCAUAUUUUAGACAUGCAUUAAAAAUCUGAAUCAGCAUGACUACACCAUUCAUUUCAUUCGGUUUUGGCUAAUAUGAUAUGAUGGCCAGAUAUUCAGAAAUACUUCAUACAGAAAAAAACUGAGACUUUUAGUAUUUAAUAAGAAAACACGUUUUAUAUUUUAUGUCAAAUACAUGUAUUAAAGCAUUGAAAAUGUUAAUAAAUGUAGAUUUUAUAAAUUACUCACUAAGAGAUUUUAAUAAAUAAAGGUAAACUACUG